AUGCGCGAGAUUCGUAAUUCGAUUCGUAAACGCCUAAAAACAAAAGAACGUCGAGACACUUCAGCACAUGGACGUCUAAUCGACGAAUAUCGUCCGUCGAAAAAAGCUGACCAUCACCAGGAGAUCUACGAUAAGCCGACAAAAAAGGUUCGUCUACUUUCGAACAAAAGCAUGAAAGCGGAAAAUUUCACCGCUUCUCGCGAAAAACUUGUCCAUGAAAUCGAUGCGCUUGAGUGA